CCCAUGCGCUCAACAUUCAACGACCCACACCUCCGAAUAUACAAUCUCCGAACAUACAUAUCCCGGGUUGAUUUCGCCGUCAUUCUUGCUCCCAUUGCGCUUCAACAACCUAGUGGCGUCCAAGUCAGUAUCAGUACUUCCCAAAAAAUAUGUCAGAGGAGAUAAGAUUUUCGGCAUUCCCAAAAUUUAAUGACUUACCUGUCGAAUUGCGCCAUAGCGUCUGGGAGCUAGCUCUCCCGGACGAUACCCCGGAGAUAUGUAUCCCGUGGCCGUUGGAGGAGGAGCCAGUACGCUGGCCACACGAUCACGUCGGUCAUGUUAGGUCGACAAACUAUCUACAGCCCUUCCUUGUGGACACAUGUUUCCCUACUAUCAUGCAUGUGUGCCAGGAGUCACGUUACCUGGCGAUAUCCCGGUUGCGAUUUCGAUACUCACUCAUAGCGGGCUGUCCCGUGCCAUUCCGCGCAUUCCGCCCCGACCUGGAUAUCGUCUACAUAACCCUGUGCCGGCCUCCCACCGAUAUCAAUGCAGUACCUAGGUGGGGCAGAUAUCCCCCUGGUACUCAGCAUGUGGCAUUAGACUUGCAUACUAUCAAGGAUGGCAGCUUUCUCUGGAUUCUGCUCAGCGACCCCUCCUUAGACCUGCGGACCAUGUCUUGCGUACUUCCCGCGUCCGAAGCCAUCCUAGACACAGCAGUACGGUUUCGGCCUCCCGUGCGACGGUGUCGGCUUCGCGAUGUUGGGAGACCUUCGAAUGGAUCGGAGAAUAAUAUCAUCUGGGUGGACCGCGGUUACGAUAGGCGCAUGACCGGGAUGGGCCGCUACCUGGAGGAGGUACGAGACACGGUGAGCACCGAGUUCGCCGAAGUUCUCGAAAUUCAGGAGGUGCCAGAGCAGUACUUGCGCCGAUGGAAUGAUGCGGAAGUCAGGUUCGAUAUCGAACUUAUCGCGAGGACGUUCGAAGAGUAUCGGGGUGGGCGCUGGGUACCUAGUUCAGAACAUCCCGUCGGGUUCGACUGCCAAUCCAUCAUAUUCCCCGCCUCAUGGCAGGCACUCGAUAGUGCUAGAACCUACCAAGUCAGCGAGCUGGAAAGAUGGACACCUUUGAGAAAUCCCGAGACGUUUCGCGUCAACGAUAUCCAACAGAACGAGGUGCCCUUUGAAUGAUCUUGGGGAGAAGUUGUAUAGAAUUGCCAUUUUGUUUAUUGCCAGCGGGAAACCCCCCGAACACCGUUGCUAAUGCCGCCGUUGUCGUCGCUUAGAAAGUAUAUAGAAACCGUACUAAUAGACUACGUUACAAGGGUUAGGUAGAUGUCCUAUACGGAGUUUAGCCCCGGCCCCGAAGAGAGAAAUGCCAUCCUUCAAAUGCCAAGAGGAAACUUGACUAGCAUGAAUUACUCUCAAGGCCGAUAGCCCCAG